AUGUGCUCUGCCCAACGAAUGGUCGAUAUGCAACGCCAAGAUGCGAUCUACUUGGCACAGAGCGAGUACUGCAGUGCACCGCCGAUUGGACUAGAACUCGUCCAUAUGCAAAUCGUGAUUCCUGGCGACACUCUUGUGCCGAAGGCCUUGAGAAACCUCCAAGUUUUCGACGAGAUACGCAGGGAACACCGAGUCUGGAUCACCAGAGAAGAAAACUCAGAAACAUGUUUUGAUGUCAGCGCAACUCACACAAAGCCGCUUCACGUUGCCCUAAACGCGAUCAACCAGAAAAUACACGACAUGCGGCUAUCGGAGGAAUCAUUGACAGCCCACUAUUUCGUUCAGUCGCCUGAGGGAGACAAAGAGUCCACAAUCAGUUACGAAAUCGGCAAACGGCCCGUUGUGAAAGGCGCCAAGAACAAUUCACAUUACUCUAAGUAUAUGCUUGACGCUUUAGUCAUCCAAUUUGCAGCAGCAUUGCCACCGGCAUUGAAGACACUGAAGUUCCUGCGGUACUUGACAAUGCAUGUCGAUUUCGGACAUCUCAACAUUUCGGCGAAACCAAAAACGGCAGGCAAUCGUUUAUCGGUCGAAGAAUUUAGCCGCGCUCUUGAUCUAUACUCCAGUCGUGGGAGGGGAGCGACAAUUCAGACAGAGAUGCCCAAUUUCGAGGUUGCCAACGAACUCCUUUCUUCACUUAUUAGCCAUAGCGAGAUUUCGAAAGAAAAUGCCGAAGCAACGUUGACGCACCAUGUUCAAUUCGAGGUCGACAAACAGACAGUUUCUGCAGACCUACAAGACAGAGAAGGAAGUGUUAUGGCAACUUCGUCCAAAUGCACCCAAACGGAAGGCCAUCCUCCCUUAGAUUGGAUAGUUUCGGCACCAGCUACGUACAUGGACUGGAAUUUGCGAGUCGACUCCCGGCCAAACUUAGUUGGUGACCGAAGCGGCCAACUUUCGGAAGCAACUGCUAAUUUUGUGCAUUCAUUCAUCUUCAAAAUUGACGGAGAAGAUUGUGCUGAGACCGACACACCAAGCAAGGAAGCUGACGGACCCCCGCGACGCUUCAAGCUCCCUAGAUGGCAAACGGCAGCACACGGAAAUCUUGCUCAAGUGUCAAGCAACUUUAGAACCAAAUCGUGCGCGAGGCUUCAAUAUCGUGACACACCGUAUGAAAUACAGCUUUCCAUCACACAGCAUUGGGCUAAAUUACCCGUCAGCGCUAAGCCCGAUCGCCUGAGCUGGUCCGUAUCAGUGUCUAGUAUUCACUGGGAGGAAGCUCUUAGCGAAUGCAAGAGCAACGAAUCGUCGAGGGAAUUUGAGGGAGCUCUUCUGAAUCGAUUGUGGCCUGGAGAAGGCUCGCUUAAGGAGCGUCUCAAGGAGUUCCUCGAAUGUGUGUUUUCGAUACAGACCGCUAUUGUAGAGUUACAGUCUUAA